AUGGACCCGUUUGAGCCGCAUGAAAGAGGCUCCAGCAGCUCCAGAGGCUACUCGGAGCCUGGUGUCCUCGAUCGAAAGAGGCCUGUUGCCCGCUUCCCUGAUUCCUUUUCUGCAAACCUCGGCCGAAAAGCUUCUUCCUUCUUCCGUCAACAAGACUCUGCUUCUGGAAUCGACGAAACCCCUUCUUCACCCCCUCCCCUUCCUCAAAGCAAGAGCGUCGUUCAUCGCAAACGAGACGUCAUCCCAGGCUUACCUUCGCCUCCUCCCCUUCCUGUACCCCGAAAUCGACAGGUAUCCGCGGCUUCUUCAGUCAAAGCCAUGGUCGCCAAAUUUGAGGGCGUUGGAGACACACCUGAAAAGUCCAGCGAGAUGGCGGAUCGUGGGGACCACAAUCUCAUUGCCUCUUCGCCAAUUGUCGACAAGGGAAAGGGCAAGUCUUCCUUCAACGAAUCCACCGACAUCACUGCUGCUUCGCUCCCGACUAGUCUUAUCUCUCAGCCCGAAGAGAAACAUUCUGUCAAGGAAGACACCGAUCUCGAGUUCCUCAAGAUGCAGGAAUUUUUCAAAGGCGAGCCCCUUGCUCGUUGCCUCGACGACUAUAUCCCCCCUACCCACAUCGACAAGAAGGUGAAGGUCCUUCCUCUCGAGGAGGACGGAGGUGAGUCCAUGGUUAAAGCCGCCAAGAUUGAACUCUGGAACAAAUUGGCUUCUCUCACCAACGCUCUCGAGGAGCGAUACCCUUCUGUCAAGGAGGAGCGUGAGACCAAGCAAGCUGUCGUUGCUACUGCUUCCGCUUAUCUUGAUGAGGCCCUCGGACAGUCAUCCAGGCAGAGGCACCAUCAAGAAGAGGCACAGGCAAGCACCAAAGCCUCUCGAAGAGCCGAUAAAAAAGCCCAGAAGAAAGCCGACAAGAAAUCCCAGAAGGCUGCCAAACGCGAGAAUCCCGUUACCUCACCGGCGAACACUCAGGAGGACUCAGCCAAGGAAUUCGUGCUCCGUCAGAGAUACCCCGAGAUCUAUGCAAAGAUCGACCUCUGGAGAGCUCUUGCAGACCCCGACAUGCAAGACAAUGCUGAUGACGAGAGUAUCUCAGAGUCUGGCAUCGAGUCUUUUCAGUCAACUACUCAGUCAACUGCUCAGACCGCUACUCAGCAGACUAAAUCGAUCCCUAUCCAGCAGCCCAGUACCUUGGCGGCCAAGCUUGACAACGACAAGACACUCGCUGACGACUCCUCCGAGUGUGAUAAUUGGAGCACUGGCUCAUCCAACGGCGAUCCGUUCUACUUGAACAAGUACCUCACCCCGUCUUACCAGGCUGCUGCCAAAACCUUCCUCGAGGAUUUCGACCGAAAGAAUCCCAUUCAACCUGUUGCUCCACAGCCCGUCAGCCAGUCCGUUGCCAAUGCGACUGUUCAUAAGGCUGCUCCUCAGACCAUCGACGGCGAGGAUUCUUGCACAUUCAUUCAGAGAGAUCCGAAGGAGGCCACCGAGACUCAGAAGCACAAGGAUGAGAUUAACCAGCGCGCUGUCGAGCGUGUCAAUGCCGCCCACGCCGAGGGCAAGAUCGUCCAUCUCGAGAAUACAAAGACUCUUCGCGACGCCAUCGUAACGAACAUCAAGAAGGAAGACAUCGUCCCUGGAUUUGGAAAUACGAAGAAGCAGCCUGCAAUCGACUUCGACGAGGAUGCUUACGCUGAGCGCUCGAUCGCUUCCCACACCAUGAAGCCUGCGCCGCUGCGAAUCCCUUCUCGAAUGAAGCAGCCCGUUGACGGAAGCGACAAGAAAGUCGAUGCCAAGCCCAUUGCCACGACCCAGCCCAUGGUCACCAGAGACGUAAUGGUUCCCGGCGUUGACUUUGGCAAGAGCAGCAGAAUCAUCAGUGGUUCUUCUGCACAUAGCACUCGUGGCGCUGUUAACUUCAGCUGGCCCAAGAUCCAACGCGCUGGCGGCAGGAACAAGUACGAAUUCCGCGACGAUGAGGAAUCGGACUACGAGCACGAAGAGAAGAAAUCCGACGCUCUUGCUGCUCACAGCACCGCAGGUACCUUUGGAAAAAACUCAGUUGCUGGUGGUCACGACUCCAUGACUUCGGACGCGACCCAGGCUAAGGGUUCAACCCAGUCUCAGUCAUCCGCGUCUGCACAGCCGGACAUGGAAAACAGCCAGAACACCCAACGUCGCAGCUUCACCGCGGACGAGUAUCAGGCUCUCAUCCAGGAUGAGUACGACACUUUCGCCAAGGCGUCACCCGAGAAGAAGCAAGAGCGACUCGAGGCUGCCAUGUCCGCUCUCAAUACCGGUAUCACCGAUACUGCUUCUAGCAUCACCCGCCAGACUGUGGUCAUUCCCGCUCAUCAUCGACGGCCUACUGUUCGUCUGCCCGGCACUACUGCUCUGCCGCCCACCCCGGCCACUUCUCAUGCCCCCGUCACCACGGGUGAGAAGUUGGCUGAGUUAGACGACUUCUUCUCUGAGGAGAACGAUCGUCUGUUCACGACUGCUCGCACUAAAACUGGUUCGAGCUACGGUUCGAACUAUGGCACCGGCACCGUUACUGGCUCCCAAGGUCAAGAUGAGGCUUGGAAUGACCCCAACUACCAUGAGGACGCCCUCGCGUACGGUUACGCUUACAAGCAGACCAACUACCACACUCUGCCGGACUCCAUGAACCCCGUGCCCCUCACCCACGACCAGCGCCGCCAGAUUCUGAAGAGCUACGGCAUGUCUGAGUCAGAAUAUCCCGCCCCCCCUGCCGGCUAUCCCAACCCUCCCGGCCCGGACAAGGGAUCCGACGUGCCUCCCUGCCCCACUCGCCCUGCUCCUCUUGCUCCAGCUCCUCCCAGUACCGGAGGUGGCGGCGACGGAUUCGACAAGGGCGGCAGCGGUCGAUCCCGCGUUGACGGCGAAGCUCCCGCCCAGAGCUUGCGCAAGCAUCGUCGCUUCCAGCGCGCUGCUACGGCCCCUCCCGCACCUCCUCCUGUCAGCCCUGCCCCUGGCUACGACGCUGACUGGUUCUGA